UCACCGGUUGGAUUGGACCCACUUCAGUUUUGGAGGGUUUAGCGGGAUUUGCCUCUGAACUCGCUUGAGUUCCACAACAUUAACCUUCCCUUUUUCUCUUUUUUUUUUUUUUUUUUUUCUUUCUUUUUUCUCUGUUUGGCUUCUUAAUAGAGCGAGCAGGUAUUAUCGAUCUUAUGUCUUCAUAAUUGCUAUCUUUAAAUUUGUCAACGAGAGAAGUGCCCUGGAACUCCACUACUUGAGCAAUCUUAGUAUUUCUCCUAUCCAUUGAGCAAAACAAGAAAUGGAGAAAAAGAAGAAGAGUACUAGUGAAAGAAACGACCCAAAACAAAAACAAAAGACUUUUGGAACCAACACACUACGAGUUAAUGGAGAUGAUUGCUCCCGGUUAAUUGGUAGCAUAAUUGAAAAGGGUAUUUCAGAAAACCUACAAAAUAACAAGCCUCUUGACCCACCUAAAGUUACUGUUCUACCUUUCCCUGUGGCUCGUCACCGGUCUCACGGACCCCAUUACGGCUGCUGCGUAAGCAGUAAAAGUACUGCAAACGAUAGUAAGGAAGGUGAUGCAGAUGAUAGACAUAAUGAUUCAACUGAACUUGGCCCAAUAUCAGCAUUUGCAAAUCCAGUGGAGAGGAAGCAGAAAAAAGGUUUAGAUCUUAGUCAGUGGAGGAAGCUAGUCCUGAACAAUAAUGCAUCGGAGAUUGAUAAGAUGGAAACAAAUAGGCCACAGUUUAAGAACACCGAAAAGCAAAAGGAAAAUGGAGAAGGAGUUGUUGAUGACAAUGACACAAAACAUGUUCUAUGUGAUCCCUCUUUAGUUGAUAAGACACCAGAGGAAGUGGAUGUAGAGCAAUGUUCAAGUUCUUUGAUGCCUCCAUCUAAAUUAGGGGAUGCCAUGUCGUGCGGUAUGGAUGUUCGAUCUCACACUUCAGCAGCUGAUAUGGACAUAUGUAAGUCACAUCAACAACUGCAUGCUCAGCAGAAUAUUAGAGAUGCCACCUCUAGUCUCUUCAGAACUGAAGGGGGAUCGACUGAAAGCAUGUCCAGUAAUGAUGUUGCUAAUACACAACUUGAAGAGAUGGAGAAGACAUAUUCUGCACUAAGAGAGAUGCUAAGUAAGCGAGAGAAGAAAGCUUCAAAUAUUGUUUCUAGCUCUAGUUUAAACAACUUGGGAAAUGAACAAAAAUUCACAUCUCUUGAGAGUGAGAUUGAUGCUGAGAAUCGAGCACGGUUAAAUAGUAUGUCAGCUCAAGAGAUUGUCCAAGCACAGGCUGAAUUAAUGGAGAAGAUGAACCCUGCAUUGAUAAACUUACUGAAAAAGCGGGGCCAAGAAAAAUUGAAGCAGCCAAAUCUGUCAAGGUCAGAUGAAGUUAUCAAUGGUGAACUCAGUACUACUCUAAGCGAGAGUAAUUCAAUCAAAACGUCAAAUCUGUCGCUUCAUGUGGGGAGUGAUAGGUCUGAUAUGAUGACAGUUAAUACCUUAACAGCUACAAAGAAUGAGCCAAAUAAUGAUUUGGUGCAGGAUUUGGGCCCAGGCAAUGGUAAUUUGUGGAAUAGAUGGAGUGAGAGAGUUGAAGCUGUUAGGAGAUUAAGAUUUUCUUUGGAGGGGAGUGUUAUUGCAGAUGAAUCAGAGACUGGUGAUAUCACCAUUGAUGAUAAGGAUGGUGUUGUAACUGCCAGUGAACGUGAUUUUUUGCGGACUGAGGGGGACCCUGCUGCAGCGGGUUACACAAUCAGAGAAGCUGUACAACUUACUAGAAGUGUGAUUCCGGGACAACGGGCCCUUGCAUUGCAUCUCCUUGCCUCUGUGCUUGAUAAAGCAAUGCAUAACAUUCAGCAAAAUCAAGUUGGGUGUACCAGGAAAAAUGCUAAUUUAAUUGAGAACUUGAUUGAUUGGGAGGCUAUUUGGGCUUAUGCACUUGGUCCUGAACCUGAGCUUGUUUUAUCAUUGAGGAUGUGUCUUGAUGAUAAUCAUAACUCUGUUGUUUUAGCUUGUGUAAGAGCUAUCCAGUGCGCACUCAAUUUUGAUUUGAAUGAGAGUUUCUCUGAUAUCUUAGAGAAAAUAGCAGUAUAUAACAAUGAUAUCUUCACUGCUCCUGUAUUUCGAAGCAAGCCAGAGAUCGAUGGUGGUUUCCUCCGUGGUGGCUUUUGGAAGUACAAUGCUAAACCUUCUAACGUCGUAUCAUUCACUGAGAAUUUCUUUGAAGACGAGAAUGAAGGGAAAUAUACAAUUCAGGAUGAUAUUGUAGUUGCAAGUCAAGAUUUUGCUGCUGGUUUAAUUAGGAUGGGAGUCCUUCCUAGGAUGCGGUAUCUUUUAGAGGCUGAAACUAAUUUGGCUUUAGAAGAAAGCAUAAUUUCAGUACUUAUUGCAAUAGCAAGGCAUUCCCCAACAGGUGCAAAUGCAAUUAUGAAGUGCCAAGGACUUAUAUAUACAAUUGUCCAAAAAUUUACUAUGGGAGACACCAUAGAAAUUAAUCCUUCUAAGAUAAAAUCUGUUACCCUUUUGAAGGUAUUGGCUCAAUCUGACAAGAAAAAUUGCCUAGAGUUUACAAAGAAUGGGUUUUUUCAGGCUAUGACCCAGCAUCUAUUUCGAUAUACUUCCUCCCUUAAUCACUGGAUAAAGUCUGGGAAAGAAAACUGUAAACUCUCGUCUGCUUUGAUGGUUGAACAAUUCCGAUUUUGGAGGAGCUGCAUCAAUUAUGGGUUCUGCAUAUCAUAUUUCUCAGAUACCUUUCCUGCCUUGUGUCUUUGGUUGAACCCACCUACUUUUGAGAAACUCCAGGAGAACAAUGUUCUUACUGAAUUUAUGUCCAUCUCUCGUGAGGCAUAUCUUGUUCUAGAGGCCUUGGCAAGAAAGCUUCCAAGUCUCUAUUCGCAGAAGCAACAAACCAAUCAAGUCUCUGAUUUUGCUGGUGAUGAACUGGAAACCUGGUCUUGGGGUUUUGUUACUCCAAUGGUUGAUUUAGCUUUGAAAUGGAUAGCUUUAAAGAAUGAUCCUUAUGUUUCUAACCACACUCAGAGGGAAAAAGGAAUAAGGUCUGGCUUUAUUUUUCGAGAUUUAUUUGAUAGUUCAUUAUUGUGGGUGUUUUCAGCUGUAGUGCACAUGCUUUCUACAUUGCUUGAAAGAGUGAACCCAGUGGAGAACAUGACUCAUGAAGGACAUGGCAGGCACGUUCCAUGGUUGCCAGAGUUUGUUCCUAAGGUUGGACUUGAAAUUAUUAAAAACCAGCUUUUCAGAACCAAUGGUGCAGAAGAAGAAGAUUUCAAUGAAGAUGGCACUUUUGUUGAGGAAUUGUGUUGUUUGAGAAAGCAAAGUAAAUAUGAAUCAUCAUUAGCUGCUGUAUGCUGCCUUCAUGGCCUUCUCAGGGCUAUAACGUCAAUUGAUAACUUGAUCAGUUUAGCUAAUAAUGACAUCUGUACCUCUCCAUCCCCAGGAUAUAAUUUCUCAAGAGAAGGGAGAAUACUUGAGGAUGGGAUACUUAAGAAUUCUCUGGUGGAAUGGAGAUGUGUGCUUGAUGUUUUUAUGAAGUUGAUGGAAUCAGAGUGGCAUUUGGUGCAGUCUAUUGAGGUAUUUGGCAGAGGAGGACCCGCUCCAGGGGUUGGACUUGGCUGGGGUGCCUCCGGUGGAGGAUUUUGGUCGUUGUCUGUUUUGGUGGUUCAAACAGAUGCAAAUUUACUAAUUUAUAUGCUCGACAUCUUCCAUAUGGUGUCUAGCACAGAAUUGCCAACAGGUGAAGAGAUGGCCGCUGCUAUGCACAGGGUUAACUCUGUCUUAGGAGCAUGCUUAACAUUUGGGCCAAGGGAUAGGCUUGUGAUGGUGAAGGCCUUGGACAUUUUGCUUCAUGUCUCUGUUCUCAAAUAUCUUGGUUCCUGCAUACAACAUUAUCUCAAAGUGAAUAAGAGGAUGAAACCAUUUAACUGGGAAUAUAAAGAAGAGGACUAUUUGCUCUUCAGUGAGAUUCUGGCUUCUCACUUUAAAAAUAGAUGGUUGUCUGUUAAGAAAAAAUUGAAAGCCAUGGAUGAAAAUAACUCUUCUAGUAACAAAACUUUUAAGAAGGGUAGUAUUUCUCUGGAAACCAUACAUGAGGAUUUCGAAACAUCAGAUAUGACAAGUCAAGAUUGUUCCUGCUCUUUGACAAAAGAGUGGGCUCACCAGAGAUUGCCACUUCCCAUGCAUUGGUUUCUCACUCCAAUCUCAACAAUGUCUGACAAUAAACAUACUGGUACUCAAAGUGCUUCUAAUAUAUCAAUUCUGGCGCGGAACCCCAAUGACACAGUGGAAGUUGCUAAAGGUGGACUUUUUUUUGUACUGGCUUUGGAAGCCAUGUCCUCCUUCCUAUCCAGUGAAAUCCACUGCGCCAUUUGCAGAGUACCUUUAGUUUGGAAAUUUCAUUCAUUAUCAGUCAUUUUACUUGUUGGAAUGGAUGUGCUUGAGGAUAACAAGAGCAGGGAUGUCUAUGAAGCCUUACAAGAUAUCUACGGUCAGCUUCUUGAUGAGGCAAGAUUUAACGGAAAUCCUAAGUACAUGUUGGAUGAAAAUGUGAAAUUAUUGCCUGAUAAAUCCAUUGUAGAGUUAUUAAGGUUUCAAUCUGAGAUUCAUGAGAGUUACUCUACAUUUCUUGAAACACUUGUGGAGCAAUUUGCUGCUGUAUCAUAUGGUGAUCUUAUUUUUGGCCGUCAAGUUUCCCUAUAUUUACACCGGUGCAAUGAAGCAGCUAUGAGACUUUAUGCCUGGAAUGCAUUGUCUAAUGCUCGUGUUUUUGAAAUCCUGCCACCAUUGGACAAAUGCAUUGCUGAGGCAGAUGGGUAUCUUGAGCCUAUUGAGGAUAAUGAAGACAUUUUAGAAGCAUAUGUGAAGUCUUGGAUUUCUGGCGCCCUGGACAAAUCUGCAGCUCGGGGUUCAAUGGCAUUGCAUUUAGUCUUGCACCACCUUUCGUCAUUCAUUUUCCUCAUUCAUAGUCAUGAUAAGAUAUCGCUGCGAAACAAGCUUGUAAAGUCUCUUUUGCUAGACUGUUCCCAGAAGCAAAAACACAGGGUAAUGAUGCUGGAACUUAUACAGUAUAGCAAGCCAUCAACAUCGCAGUCGCCAGUGGAAGGCUUGUCAUUGCGGAACAACAACAGUACUGAGAAAAGGUUUGAAGUACUUGUGGAAGCAUGCGAACGAGAUUCAAGCCUUUUGGCUGAAGUAGAGAAUUUGAGGUCUGCUUUUGUAAAGAAACUGAAUGCUAUGAAAUAACUGAAGUAACUAAAAGGAAAAGAAAAUGUGUAUAAAAGAGGAAGAGCAGGAAAGGGAUGCGACCGUGCAGUGUUUAGCAUGAAUGGUCACAUGAGCAAAUUUCAGGAGACAGUCAGUCGUGAGAAAUUUGUAACAAGAUACAUUAGUGGGUUAAGUUAUAUUGCUUGAGAUUGAGAGCCCAGGAGUCCCCCACUUCCAAGUUAUAAUGCACUGGUUGGCCCCUCGAUGCCAAUAUUAUUAUGUUGUUCAGUUUAUAGUAUAUUUAUUUUAUGGAAUAAAAUAGGUAUAGAAUAGAAUAAUAACUCUUAAAAUAAUAAAAUAAAUAGAAAUGAAUAUUUAUUUUUAAA